AAGCUUCCUGCGAUAGCCCGCGAGCAUGUCCAGCGCCGACGCUAUCGCUGGUCAGCAGGGUUGCGAAUGUAAACAAAAUGGCGGCCCUGAUCUUGAGAUGUCAGUUCAAAGGCGGGAAGCGACAAGAAGUAUUAGAUUUGACGGCCAACUCAACGGUCACCGAGUUACAAGAGAAAAUAUGGCUGAUAACAGACGUACCACCGCACGCACAAAGGGUUUUGACAGGAUUCCCUCCAAGAGAACUAAUAUUUGAAGACAAAGGUGCCAAAUUGAGUUAUGUUAAUAUUCGAUCUGGUGACACUCUUAUUGUUGAACAAGACACCACAGCACCACGCAUUCUCCAAGUUAACCAGUCGCAUUCAACAGAAGCCAGUAGAACAGUGCCUUUAUCACGAAAAGUUGUGCCAGCAGACAAUUCCUGUUUGUUUUCAAGUAUAAGCUAUCUUCUCACAGGAAGCACAGCUCUUGUCUCAGGCCUCCGGCAAUUGAUAGCUUGCUGUGUUUCUGAGGAUCCUGAACAUUACAAUGAGGUGUUUCUUGGUAAAUCCAAUGAGCAGUACUGCAGCUGGAUUUUGGAUAAGAGUAACUGGGGUGGUGCCAUAGAACUUUCUAUUUUAGCAAAACAUUAUAAGAUGGAGAUUGCUGUUGUAGAUACAGAAUCAGAGAGAAUCGAUAGGUUUGAGGAAGACAAGGGUUAUGAAGACCGUGUGUUUUUGAUAUAUGAUGGAAUUCACUACGACCCCCUGGGGGUCCAUGAUGCAAGCGCCACGCCUUUACAGACCAUCUUUUCCUGUCAAGAGUAUACUCGUCUGACAGAAGCCCUACAGCUUGCCGCUGAUGCCAAGAAGAAUCGUCAAUACACCAAUCUUUCCAAGUUCACAUUGAGGUGUCUGGUGUGCAAUACACCGCUCACAGGCCAAAUCGCAGCUCAGCAACAUGCCGUCAGCACUGGUCAUACAAACUUUGGCGAGGUGUGACUUGGGAAAAAGCCAUAACUAUUUUCGUGAGGUUUUGCCACACCCAAACCUAGCCAACUUUGACGAGUUUUUACCAUCGUUCUGGACAAAUCAUUAUUUGGGAGGUUUGAUAUUUUUGGCUUAGGCGCUACCAGCUUUGGCGAGCAUUGACAUUUCCGAAAGAAGACCUACAUAUUAGUAUGCUCGGUAUUGUGACGCUUUCUUUUUUUAUGUUAUUGUAUCUUGUUAUCUUACUUUCGUCAAUCCAUAUACUUGUCGUGCGGGCACAAAGUAUUAUUUGGAAUUUGGAAUAACCUUUACCUGCCUUAUCCGUGCAAGAAAAAAUGCCUCAACAGGCAAUUUUAUUAUGAAUAAUGUAAUAUUUAUUUUUCUCCAAAAAUAUAUUGUAUAUUCACCUA